AUGGAGCUGCGCGAGCGGUGGAAGGACGCGUUAAAGAUCCAGAGGUUCCGGCGGAUGGUCGGCUACGCCGGCUUCUACUCCUUUGUCGCCUUCCUCACCUAUGUCUACACCAAUAACACGUCCGUCCUCGCCCCUCCCCCUCCCUCUCCUCCGCUUCGCUUCGUCUCCUCUCAUCUGUCGAGCUCAUGGCGCAGGACUAGGGCCGGCUAUUCCAGGGCGGACCAGUUCUACGCCGCUUACCCCGCCGGCACCGAGCUUCUGACCGACACCGCCAAGGUCCGCCUGCUCUUCCUCUUUCUCUCCCUAGUUUGAGAAGAAACCCCCCGCACGCCACCUGCUCGUCAAUACGUCUCCAAAAGAGAGGGGCUAGUCUUCUCCACACAUCUGAUCUCUCUCUUUCUCCCCGCGCGCCUUGGCCUUCGACCCGUUGCCCGUCUGUGUGGCCUUCACUUUCUUCAUAAAUGGGCCGUCGAGAUAUCAUCUAUUUUCGACGUGAAUAUGCUUCAUUGGGGUCCGAUUUCUUAUCUUUCUUCUUCAGCCAGCACAUACUUAUUUUAUGUCUUGGAGCAGCUGUACAAGGCGGCGUUGGGUAAUUGCUUCGAAGAGGAUGAAUGGGGGCCAAUUGAAUUCUGCAUAAUGGCAAAGCACUUUGAACGCCAGGGCAAGCCGCCUUAUGCAUAUCAUGCUGUGAGUUCCAUGCUCACCUGGUCCAACCUUGUUCUUCCCUUUGACUUGUCUAAUCUACAUACCACAUCUGGCCCUAACCAAAAUGAGCAUGCAUGCGCUUGUAUGGUGAGCUUUGACUUUAGACCCCCAUGGAACACUGGGAUUUGACACUUCAUCUCAAAUCUCAGAGGUUAGGCCGACCAAGUUCUAUGAGUUGCACGGUAGACGUUGACAAUGGACACUGAAAAGUGGUUAGUAUGUUGCAAAAUUCAGAAAUCAGGCUCAUCAAAUUCAUUUUCCUAUUGUUUUAAUGCGAGGAAAUGGGACACAAUACAUGUUGACUUUUUAGAUCCUUUGGUCUUGAGGGUCAAUACACUGUGUUAUCUACUUAAUAGGAGUUAAAAAUAUAAGUCAUAACGAAUGUGUUUGAUAUAUCAAAACAAUCAUGAUUUUUUUUUUCCUCCGGGUGGAGCAAGCAAUAUGUUUCAUUUCAGCCUCAACUUAAGAGCAUGCAAUACUGGAAUACAAGUGAUUUUAGUGAAGACAAGUGCAACAGGAAACCGUUCGAACACAAGCCCUAUGUCUCAUUGGGGGUGCUGAAAUGAUUUUAGUAUUCACUCCCACAGAAGAAGAGAAAGGAGGCUACCAUGAGGCAAGAUUAACCCUAGAGGAACACGGGGAACUUACUGUGAUUAUUAGCAGUUUUUGAGUUAAUUAUAACAGACAGGGAAAUCGAGAAAAAAAAAGGGGUGCUCUAUGGAUGGCAGAUGCAGACGGCAGGUGAUGGGUAAGUAGAGUAGGAAUCUAAUAGUAGAGGAGAGGAGCCCAUUGAUCAAGCCAAAGCUAACUUCAGCUAUGUGGUUAUUAGUGACUUGUAGAAUUGAUUGGAAUCCGAAACUCCAAACUUACUGGGCAUUUUGGGUCUGUUUCGACAUCGGUAGAGUGCUUCUGUGGUUCAUUUUUCUUACUUUUCACCAGCUAUAUAGUGCAUUAAAUUUGCCACGGAUCUUGGGUUUGGAGUGCUUCAUCAUGUUUUCAUUCUCCUGCAGCAAUACAUGGCGCACCUUCUUUCACAUGGGCAGCUUGACGGCAGUGGUUGA